UUUCAGAUCAUUCGUCGUCUCACCUUUUUGUGGAAUCUGUGCAACAUGAGCACGGAAAGGCUGAUGUAUCUCGAUUUAAAUAAAGGCAACCAAAUUGCCAUGGUGAUUCCCAGCACCAGGAAAGGACAUGCUGCAUCUCGUGACAAUUUUGGCAACUCUAACCAUCAUGGUGACGAGAUUGUGCACCGACUCAACAAUGGGAGACGUUCAGAGAUAGAUGAAGUAAAGCCCGACCUUGUGUCAGGGGCCGGCGACACUGUGAUCAAGUUGAAUGUUGGAGGGACAUCAUUCAGAAUAAGGAUAUCCAGCAUCUUUGCAAGAUCGGCGGACGAGAAACUGUCCGCGUUUGCACAAUUAAACCAUGAGCAGAGACUUCAAGCAUGUGACGCGUUUCUUAUGCCACAAGAGGAGUACUACUUGGAAAGGUCGGCUGUCCUUUUUGAUUCGAUCUUCAAAUACUACAUAUCUGGCCAACUACACAGACCGCUUGAUGUAUGCCCCACAGAAUUUGCCACCGAACUCGCCUACUGGAAGAUAAACGACGGGCUCAUGUCAAACUGCUGUUGGAGGGGAUACAAUAUGAGUCCUUCACUAGAAGAACUGGUGGCCCCGAAAGAGAAAAAAAUAGAACUGCACGACCGUUCAAUGCGCUCACGGAUUCAUCAAUUCUGCGAAGGGGACGGCUCACUUUUCUCGACUUUGUUUACUUUUGGCAGCAUCACUUUUGUUCUUAUUAGUGUUAUUGGACUGGUUUUGGGAUCCAUUCACGAAUUUCAGGUACCUAUCUAUAAAAAAGGAGGAAAAUCAGAGAGGAUCAGCAACUGGAGUAUCGCCGAUCAAAACGGAACUGACUCAUCAGUGGAAAACGAAAACAUUAUAUGGGAGCCACAUCCGAUUUUUGGGUAUGUGGAGACAGUGUGUAUCAUCUGGUUUACUGUAGAAUUCAUCGUACGGUUAGCAGUUACACCAAAUAGAUUCCAAUUUUUGGUGGGAAUCAUGAAUAUUGUCGAUAUGAUCGCUAUUAUUCCAUUCUAUUUGGAACUCGGGUUGGCGUUGUUUGGAAUUGAUGUCGCUAGUCUGAGUGACAUUAAAGGAGCAUUAUUAGUUGUUAGAGUGCUCCGUGUGCUUCGUGUUGUGAGAAUUUUGAAACUUGGAAGAUACUCAUCUGGUAUGCGAACAUUCGCUUUGACACUGAAAAGUUCCGCUCGCCAGCUGGGAAUGAUGGGAAUGGUCCUGUCAACUGGUGUCGUAUUCUUCUCAACACUUUUAUAUUUCGUCGAGAAAGACGAAAAAGACACGCCGUUCACUUCGAUUCCAGCUGCUUUUUGGUGGGCAAUCGUCACGAUGACAACUGUUGGAUAUGGAGAUUAUGUUCCUGUGACAGUUCCUGGAAAACUGAUUGCAAGUGGAGCAAUUAUCAGUGGAGUAUUGGUACUUGCUCUUCCUAUCACUAUCAUCGUUGACAACUUUAUGAAAGUUUCUGGAAAUGUGAAUGCCAACAUCUUCUCAUCUGCAAACCAACGACCUAUUGAUGUGGCAGAAUAGAAACAAAUACCAUUUUAACUGCGGUUUCAAAUAUAUAUAUAUAUAUAUAAUUGUUAACAUUGAUAUUUUUUUUUUCAAAUAUAUUAACUUACAUUUUAAUAUUAUUUUUCUAUUUAGAAAAAACAUAUACCAACAUUUUGGAAUUUUUCUCAUGACUUGCAUUUCUGUUCAAAACUUUAAAUAAUUUACUCCUUGGCUCUGUGUAAGAAAUUAAAAUGCAGCCGCUAUGCGGAACUUGACGGUUAUCUCUCAAACCACCAGUAAGUACUAAUUUUUUUCUCUCCAUCUUAAUUGUAUUCAUUGACCCUGAGAAUUUGAUACAUAAUAUGUUAUUAAAACUCAUUGAUUUUGUGUGUGGAAUUGAAUCUGAACAUGAAUUAUUGAAUUAUAGAACAAUUGAAUUAUUGAAUUAUAGAUAAAAGAACAACAAUUAAA